GAAAAACUUCAGAGCGGCAAGAUUAGAAUGACUGCCUCCACUCUUCCUGCCUUUCUAUGGGCUGGGGAUCUACUGGGCAAAGACUACAAUGACGACAACAUGUUUGAAGGGAUGUUUGAAGGUCAUUUGUUGGAAAGAACUAUGCGCCAUAUUUUUACAAGUCCCUCAAGUGUGUAUGGGGGGGAGAUGUGGGUGACACGCACAUGUAAUGCUGCUCUUCAUGACAUGAUGACAGUAGAAGCAGCACAUAUUGCCUAUGGCUGCUUGCAGGUUCAUUUUGGUAUUCGCACCAAGAAUGCUUGGUUGGAAGUCGACAGCAAUUUCAACUAUAGGGACUUUUACAACAACAUUGUCAACCUCAUCAAAGAUUCCCCUAAUCCAGAAAGGAAAGACAAAAUCCUCAAAGCUUGGAAUAUGUAA